CGCAGAGCAGAAAACUGACAAGAGAUAAAUAAAAAAAAAACACAUUUUGGUAAGAUACUUCCUACUUACUUCGAAGUGAGAUAUGUUUGGUACAUAAACUGUGGAGCAAAACAUUUAAUCAGGAGAUAUGAAUAACAGGACUACGGUAAAGUUUGGUGAACUUGACAGAGUGAACGAUGAAAUGGCUGCAGUUUUACUUCCGGUUAUAUUAAUUGUUGGUGUUUAUAUGAUUGCAGGAAUAUUUGGAAACCCUCUAGUAAUAUAUUAUUAUGGUGUUUUCGUGAAACCUUCUCCAUCAUUUCAUUUUAUCGUUACAAUGGCCGUGUUUGAUCUUAUUGUUUGCCUUGUGUCUAUGCCGUUAGAAAUCGUUGACAUGAGAUUUAAUUAUAAAUUUCCGGACGCAACAGCAUGUAAAAUUUUCAGAUUUGGGAAUUACUUUUGUAGCAUGGCAUCAAGUUUUAUUCUCAUUGCAAUAGCCGCUGAUAGAUAUAGGAAAGUAUGUCAGCCAUUUCACACCCAAAUAACUUUUAACACAGCCAAAAUUAUAACAGGAUGUUUAUGUUUGGCGGCCUUCUUUAUCGCAAGCCCAUCAUUUAUUAUUUACGACAUUCGUACCGUAAAUAUCAGUGCUACAUCUGGAUUAGUAGGAUAUGACUGCACAGCCAUAAGAGAGGCUCGAUAUACGCUUUACAUAUCAAUAUUCAAUGGAAUAUGUUUUCUUAUUUUCAUUUGUUGCAUCACCACGCUGACUGUUUUGUACAUUCUUAUAGCAAAGAAAUUAUGGCAUCUAAAACGAUUUCGUGUUGAGGAUACUACUCGGAAAAUCUCUAAUAUGCCGUAUACACCGCCUACCAGUUCAUUUGAUCUAGAGUCGUAUAACAAACCAUGUAAAUCACAUUCUGCUGUUUUCAGGUCAACUGGUGCUGUUCCGGUCAACAUCAAAGCAUCAAACGAUGACAAAAAUAUCCUCCAAGGAUGCAGCGAUAAGAAAAAUUCCGAAAUAGCGUGUUCUCCAACUGGUAAACAUUUUGAUUCCGAAACACCUUUUACAAAACUUAGAGGAGUCGUUUUACAUUGCUGUGUUAAUAGCAAAAUACAAAAUUUAGAUAACGAAUUUCACGAGCCUGGAACAAUGGAAAUAUCAACUAAUAUUACAGAUCUAGAUACAGAGGCAAGAAAAAGGCACAUUAGGAACAGCAAAAACAAAAUCCACCAGCAGUAUAUACAUCUUAAAAAGUAUACAUUAUUGAUGGUAUCAAUAAGUGUAGGUUUUAUUGUUAGUUUCCUACCCUAUCUUGGUUUAAUGACAUGGCAGACGUUAAUUUCUCAGUAUGAAGUUGAUUUAAUGUCCAAUCUUGAACUGGUUCUUUAUAAUAUCUUUUUUCGUUCGUGGUUAAUAUCUAGUGUUGUUAACCCAAUAAUUUACGGAUUUUUCAACACAGAGUUUAGGUCAUUUUUCUUUAAGAAUAUUAGAAAAUGUAUUUGUUUUUGUUUCAUUAAAUCAACAGGAGCGGAUAUUCAAUCUAAACAGGAGGCAUCCCAAACAAUUUAAUUGUAACAAUCUGCAAUGAUUCCAAUAUUCAUGUAUCGUUUAAUAAAUGAUUAAUAAAAACAGAAUAUAUUAUGAAAAAUUAGUUUGAUAUUUAAUACGAACAGCUGAAAUUAAAUAGCUUCAUUUAAUAAUUUUAAAGUUCUAUUAGUCCGUUUUUCUUUGAAUAAAAAAAUCUUAAUUUU